UCCAAAAUGGCUGCCUACAGUAAAAACGAAAUCGGACAUGCUUCGUAAAAUAGCCGAUAAAGUCAAUCUUCUGAACUCUUCCUCUGCUUUCUUUACAAAGUAAAUUCUACUGAAGAAGACCCAAGAUGCCCAAGAGUGCUAAGAAGAGGAAAGCUAAGCGGGCGGACUUCAACAAGGUCAAGUUGAAGGUGGGGAAGAAGCUGCCUAAGGCCGACAACGUGACGGACACCAGCUUCAAGUCCAAGGCCAUCCACCUGCCGGACCAGCUGAAGACUGACGCCUCCCAGCCGACCAACUUCAAACAACAGAACGUUAAGGAUCUCCUGACCCAGUGUAACCACUACAGCGCAUCAGUACGCCACGAAGCCGUCACCGGACUCAAGGACCUCCUAGUCCGACAUCCCGCGGCCAUUCCCGCCCACCUCUCCCUGGUCCUCGAGAAAUGCUCUGAACUCUUCGUCGACAAGGAUCCCGUCGUCAGAAAAGCCGCCAUUGGCUUGUUAUGCCACACCUUCAGCCAGGCCUCGACCAAUCAGAUCUCUCCUUUCUUCCCUCUGAUCACCGCACACCUGUGCUGCGCCAUGACGCACAUUUUUGAAGACAUCCGCCACGAUUCGCUCACGGUGCUUGACGCGUGCCUGGAACACUUCCCCUCUCUCUUGACGUCAAGAAGCGGACAAAUCCUGACCAACUUCGUCGGACAAAUCUCGAGUAUGAAGGACAAAGGAGUAAAGAAAGAUGCAACGUCUUCAAGUCAUAGACUGUCCGUCAACCCAAACAGUAAACUAACAUCCCUACAAUGGAGAAGCAAAGUUUUGAACAGACUUCACCACUUUCUGAAGGCCAUGUUAUCAGAGAGUGUUAGUACUGGGGAUAGGCAGACUGGAGAUGUGGGGAAGAAAGGUUUUGUGGAUGAGAUAUUUGAUGGGAGCAGGCCUCUGUAUGUGCAAGUGUUUCCUUACAGUACAUCGUCCAGCUCUACAGGAUUCCUUAUUGGGAGUAAAACCCCCAGCACAGCCUCACUGUUCAGUCUGCGUGAGUUUGCGGAGUCCCUGCUCCCCCUGUUACUGGAGACGUGGGUGGAAGGCUCCCCAGGGGGUGAGGGGCAGUCCCUGGUACGUGCUGACGUCAGUGACCUGUUACAGGGGGUGUUAGAUGUGCUGGGGUUACUCUGGCAAUGUCUACAACACAGAGAACAAGACAAACAGCAAGACCCGACAAAGACGUCAUUCCUACACCAAUACAAGAACAUCCACCUUCAUCUGAUGUCUGGCUUUCCAUAUAUGGUCAUGGAACAGUCCAAGAAAGGAAAGGGGCCGCAGAGGGAUCAGAGUGGAGGGACCAAUGUACAGGCAUCCCUGAUAAUGAACUUGAGCAUCUGUGAUGUCAUGACAUGCAGCCUUGAACAAGACAGUGAUGGUACUGCAGCAGAGUGGCUGGACACAGUGUUUGAUUACCUGGUUAGCUGUCUGUCUGAUGUGGAUGACAACUCAGCUGAUCACAUGGAGAAUGUCCUUAGGGUCAUACAACAUGUCAUCAAGGUGCUUCCAAAACAAGACCUUUGUGAGGACUUGUUAACAGCAGUACACAAUUGUUACCAGUCUGAAGAGAUAUCAGACAGGACCAGACAACAGAUAGUUCACUUCCUGGCACAGACAUACCUACAGAGAGAUCCAGGUCUACAGAAGAGUGAGGUCCUGACCAAUUGGGUGGCGUCCCUGCCACAUUAUCUGGUUACCAUGGAUACAGCCAAUCAGCAACAGACUGAGGAGGUCCUGCAUGUGGUUCAGUCUGCAGCCACAAGGGGGCACUCCUGUAUGGUGGAAAACUUGAUGGCAAACUUUCAAAACAUCUAUGGUGUAGGUGGACUCCUGUGCUCUCUUUCACCACCUCUUCAGAGGCACCUGGUGCAGCUGCUGUACCACCUGCCCCUGCUAGGGGGCCUCAAACUGUCCACACUGUCCCAGGCCUGCAGACAGAGGGAAGUGGGAGUUCCUGUGGUCGAGUACCUUGUGCAGAUUCUACUGGCAAGGUCACCUGUUAUGGCUGUUUGUGAAGAAGGGACACCACCAGUUGACACUCCCAGAAUUCUCAGUUUUCUUAUGUCUCUUAUGAUAGGUCAUUCAGUAGAGGAACUGAAGGAUUUACAGCAAGAGACAUCAAGGCCAGACGUCUGGGUUCCGGGCUGUAGAACACAGAUCUCCUGUGUUAGUCUGGAACUCAGGCAUAGACAGAAGGCUCUCGCCAAGUUCACCUGUGAAUGCCUGCUGCAGUUUUCCAGUCCUGAUCAAGUAUGGAAGGUGGUGGGAGCAGUGCUGGAGAGAUACUUGGGAAUGUUCCACACUCUGCCCAUGGACACGCUGUAUGCAGUACUGGUUGCCAUGGUUAUGCUCCUGCACCCUGGGACAGAGAUCAGGAAGGAGUUGAUGACUCCCAUCAUGCAUUGCUGCUGGGCUGCCCUUGACCUAUCCAUACAUAAUAGGAUACCUGUUUCUGAUAGAGAGACUGAAGUUGCUGAGGAAAACUGGCAGGGGGAGCUGCUGCAUGCAGCGCUGCAGACCAUGGCCAGCAGCCAAGGUGUAGUUCAGUCAUGGCUCGAGCAUAUCGAAGCAUUUGUUAAAGAAGGCACAGAAAGGUGUAAUACAGAGGCUGUAGCAAAGGUGUUACUGAAGCUCAUGCAAACACCAGAGCUGCAGCGCCCCUUGCAGCAGACAGGAGUACUGCAGAGGGUGGUAGGCACCGUCAUGGUGUGUUUGAGAGAAGAUGAAAAUGAAAAGCUCCUGUCAUCUAUGGUGUACCAGGCUUCCUUGAUCAAAUGAUUUUUAUACACAUAAUAUGCAUAUGAUGUGCAUACAUAAAUACAUGUACUAAAGGGAUUGUUCAGAUUAUGUAUUAUAACAACUGACAACCUCAAUUAAAGAUAUGUAGUCUUAACUUGAGAGAAGCAAUAUUUUCACUUUCAAAAUGUAUUUGCAGAAAAGUCAUAAAAAUGUGCAGCUUAGCCAACUUUAGUUGCAACAUUGCAAAUAACUUGGCAUGUUUACCAGUAUGAUGUGAGUCAAAUUUUAGACAUGAUAGUUUCCAACAUUGAUAUGUAUGCAAACCAUGAUAUGUAUGCUAAUUGUGGAUCCAAAUAAACUCAAAUUCAAGGCCUAGAAAAAAAUGUUUCUGAUUUCCUGACCAACCCUAAUAAAAUUUCACUG